UCCCUACUCCACUCAUACCUUUGUUGUAAGAGUUAGCAACCCGGGAUAUUCGUGCUCUUAUACCGCCACGUGCACUAUGAUCAUGCGGUUCUCCUUUACAAACUGGCCUAUACGUUUCGUCAGUUUGCCGAACACAGCCUAUAUUCACGAGGACACGGACUCUCGGACACUGGUGCACAGUAUUAUUACGUACGAUCCCAACAACCCGGAUCAUGAUAAUGUCACGUGUACAGUAACAGCCAAUGACGAACCAACUCUUCUUGAACUUAUCCACGACGGAAACUAUGAUUAUGAUUCAUGGUUUAUUUACAAGAAAGAAUGCAAUGAGCCUGGCUGUGGGUACAUUGAUGAAAACUUCCUCUGUACUGUGGGUAUUGGAUGUUUGAACUACGAUUUAGAUGACGAAUAUACGAUCACCAUACAAUGCAGUGACGCUUAUGGUUCAAGUGACACGGAAACCUUCACUCUGCAAGUAACAGAAAAUCAAUCGCCAUCUUUCACAAAUACACCAACUAACAUCACGAUAAAUACUCGUAAUGUAGCACAAUUUGAUAGGGUGUUUUCAGUCUACUAUUCGGAUUCGGAGGGUGAAACAUUGGACUACAAUUUUACCAUUAAACCGUCUACACCGUCUUUGUUUGUGUUUGAUACUCGAGGCAAUUAUUACGAUGAUCCAUGUAAUGUGACAACAACUAUAUCCCAUUGGGACCAAGGAAAUACAACAUUUGCUGUGUCUUUUUGUGGUCGAGAAAGAAGAAACAUAGUCUGCUCUGAUUUUAACAUUAAUAUCCGGGAAUAUUGUGGACCUACGCCUGUAUGUAACGAUGAUUCAACAACAGUUACCGAUCAGUUUGCCAUAGGUGGUGAGCUUUUCCAAAUUAAUGUAACCGGAAGUGGAUACACGUCACUAACUUACAUCAUAAUAUCAGAAUACUCUGAUCUGUUUUCUGUAGAUUCGCUAACAGGCAAUGUGACAUCUGCAGCGACCUUGGAAGCAAGGAAUUCUCCUAAUUCAACCACUUUCUCUAUAGUUGCGAAUGUUAACGACACAGCUGCUUGUGCUAUCGCAGCUUGUACUCUCACUGUUGAAGUCACAUUUACCAAUUUCGAUAUAUCUAUCGACAACAUGGGAAGUGUUAAUGUUGAUAUUCAUGAGGACGAGCAAGCGUCUGUGACACUUGUCACCAUAGCAACGUCUGAUGAAAACACUAAUGACAGCGUCAUGUGUGAGGUAGACAACGCCGCAUCAGUACCAGCAAAUAACAACAUAUUCUUCGCUGUGGAAACAGACAAUGGUUCGAAUGUUUAUGAGUUAGUGAGCAAAGAGGGACCAGGAUUUGAUUAUGACGUAGCAGACACGUAUACAGUAGUGGUUGUAUGUGAAGAUAAUUAUGGUUCCUCUGAUACAGCUACCGCUACGGUGAACAUACUUGAGAACCAGAAUAAUCCAGAUGUUAAAGCCGAAGACAGUAAAAACGUCCCCACGGUUUGGCUGGUACUUGGAAUCACACUUACCAUUGUCAUAGUUAUGGCUUGUGUUUUGAUUGCUUGUGUUUGCAGACCCAGAAAGAAAGUAAGAACGCUGAAAGAUUCACGCAAUGAAAGAAAGAACAGCAAUAACAAACAAGAUGCAGAGCCAAACAACAGGCACGUCGGGUCAUUCCGAGGAAUGUGA